AUGGGAUCAAAGACUGCUGAAAAUGAGAGUCAGGGAGGCGGAAACGCUCCUCCCAGCUCGACUAAACUCAAUGCCACUGGCGGAGAACCCAGAGGAGUUCAUUUGUCCCGGGAUGGUGAUGGGUCACUCGGUGAUGAUGGCGGCGACGAUGACUCCGAUGGCGAUGACAACACCGGUACUUUGGCCUUAUCGAUGAACCAGGGAUCUGAUCUACCAUCCGUUUCCAAGAAGAAGAAACGCACCAGGAGUAAAAAAAAUCGAAGAAGCGACCCUUGGGACAAACUUCACCACCACGAAUUCCUGUUCAGGAUUUGUUCCCUGGCGCCUAUGGUUGAGAAUACCGCUCGCGUCACUGCCCAGGAAACGCGCUCCAAAUCUCGCCAUCACCUCGAAGAUGAUGCCUUCCUAGACGACUACCGCAAGGCAGCCGAGGUCCACCGUCAGGUCCGACGCUGGACGCAAGACACUGUUCGUCCGGGACAGUCGCUCACGGAAAUUGCAGUAGGCAUAGAGGAUGGGGUGAGAGCGUUGCUUGACAAUGCCGGACUUGCUCCUGGUGAUGGCCUUAUCUCAGGGCUGGGAUUUCCGACGGGACUCUCUCUUAACAACUGUGUGGCUCACUACACGCCGAACCCUGGUCAGAAGGACGUGCUCCUCAACUCGACUGAUGUCAUGAAGGUCGACUUUGGGGUUCACAUCAAUGGUUGGAUUGUUGAUAGUGCCUUCACAAUGUCAUUCGAUCCAACCUAUGACAACCUACUUGCUGCCGUCAAGGAUGCAACGAAUACGGGUAUCAAGAACGCCGGUAUCGACGUUCGUAUCAGUGACGUCAGUGCUGCUAUCCAGGAAGCCAUGGAAAGCUAUGAAGUGGACAUCAAGGGGAGAACAAUCCCUGUCAAGGCGGUCCGCGACCUCAGCGGACACAAUAUUGACCAAUACCGCAUUCACGCUGGCAAGUCCAUGGAAGAGGGCGAAAUCUUUGCCAUUGAAACUUUUGGAACAACCGGUCGUGGCUACCUCCGGGACGGGCCUGGGGUUUAUGGAUACGGAAAAUCCCCAUAUGCGCCGAAAAAGAUCAACACGCAUCUCACCUCGGCAAAGUCGUUGUACAAGACAAUUAGCGAGAAUUUCGGCACAAUUGUGUUCUGUCGACGCUAUCUCGAACGUCUCGGAGUGGAUCGUUAUUUGGCAGGCAUGAAUUAUCUCGCAUCCAAUGACAUUGUUGAGGUCUAUCGGCCUCUGAUGGACGUCGAAGGGUCGUAUUCCGCGCAAUUUGAACAUACUAUUCUAUUGCGUGGAUCAUGCAAGGAGGUGAUCAGCCGUGGGGAUGACUACUGA